CACCCGACUCUUGCUCCACACCAUGGCCGAUCGGAGGAAGCGCCACCAGGGCUCGCGUGUGCUCGAGCAGCAGACGUACGGCGUCCAACUGAACAAGACGUUUGGGCAACACUUUCUGGCGUCUAACAAGAUCAUUACCGAGAUCAUCAACAAGUCCGAGCUCAAGUCGACCGACGUGGUGCUGGAGAUCGGGCCUGGCGCCGGCGCACUGACGUUCCGGAUGCUGGAGGUUGUGAAAAAGGUGAUUGCGGUGGAGAUUGAUCCGCGGCAUGUGGCCGAGCUGCGGAAGCGGGUCCAGGGCACACCGUACGCUAAGAAGCUGGAGAUCAUUGUGGGCGACGUGCUGCGUGUGGAUCUGCCGUACUUUGACAUCUGCGUCGCCAACAUCCCGUACCAGAUCUCGUCGCCGCUGGUCUUCAAGCUGCUUGCGGUGCCGAACGCGUACCGGUCUGCGGUGCUGAUGUUCCAGCGCGAGUUUGCCAUGCGGCUGGUGGCGGCGCCGGGCGAUCCGCUCUACUGCCGCCUCUCGGCCAAUACACAGCUGCUCUCGACGGUGGAGCACCUGGUCAAGGUCCCGCGGUCGGCCUUCCGGCCGCCGCCCAAGGUCGAGUCGUCGGUCAUCCGCAUCACUCCGCGCAACCCGCGGCCAGCCAUUAACUUUGUCGAGUGGGACGGCCUCACCCGGCUCUGCUUCUCGCGCAAGAACAAGUCGCUCGGCUCGAUCUUUCGGCAAAAGUCGGUGGCCAAGCUUCUCGAGGAGAACUACCGGACGUGGUGCGCGCUCAACAACGAGCCGGUCGAUCCCGAAGCCGGUUCGAUGAAGGAGCGCGCGCUCGCCAUCCUCACCGAGUCCGAGUACGAGAAGCAGCGUGCACGCCGGCUGGACAUUGACGACUUUAUCAUCCUGCUGACCAAGUUUAAUGAGGCCGGCAUCCACUUUUGCUGAGCUUCGAGUGCACGUCCUUCAUUCAGCCCAUGCUUGCGACGUGUGCGGCCGCGUAGGCGUUUGGUGACGCGGCGGGGAACUCGCUGUUGACGUCGACGUAGUGCUCGCCGUACUCGGUCUCACCCGCAGUCGCCAGGGAGGCGCCCGGCGAGUGCGGCAUGAUCCGGGUUUGGACGCCUAGCAGGCGGGCGGUGACCCGUGCCGCCCUCUGCUUGGAACUUGUCGGCCGGGCGCGGAGGCUCUCGACUGCGGCCUGCGCUGCGAGCUCUGUGGUGGAGCGGCGCGCGCGGGCGGCAGCGGCGAGCGCAUCUGCCGACCGCGACGUCGACGCCCACUCGACGCCCUGCACAAACGGCGGCUGGGUUGUGAUCGAUCGCGCAAACGACGAGUCUUCGACGAAGUUGACUAGCGGGACCGGGCGAGCGGCGGCGUCCGCGAUCGCGUCCUUGGUCGCCUCACCAUCAAACGACGCCGUGUAGACCGAGACGCCUGUCGGCUGGGUGGUGCCCUGGCCGGCAGACACCGCCGGCGGCGGGCAGUUGAUGGUAAAGCCCGAGGCAGUCUUGACAAUGUCCGGUGCCACCCGGCCGGACCGCGUCGCCGACG